CUGCAAGUUAUGUCCAGCUGCUAGAGAAACCUGGCAUGAUGAAUCCCCAGAGAAUUGAAGACACAACACAGGGGAGUCUUCCUCAGGACUGGCACUGCUAUAUGUCUCCUCAGGGCCGCAGGUACUACGUUAACACCAUUACUAAUGAGACUACAUGGGAACGGCCGAAUGGUUCACCAGUGAAUCUGAAGAGCCCAUUAGUCAAGAAGAAUUCAUUUCCUGCAGUAAAUGGAUUUCAUUCAUCAGGAUCUCCUAUACACCAGCCAGAGUCGGUCCAAGUGAUUGCACGAAAAGCUAGCAGUGACCCACAGAGGAAGGAUAUUGCAAAAAUGAUUCUAGUAAAAGUUAUUAUUGAUUUAGCAGCAUACGCAUAUAUGCUAGGUGUGACAAGAGGAUCAGGACUCAAACACAAUGGCUGCUCAGAUAACUGGCCCUGGAUUAUAUUGCGUCAGUAA